AUCUCACGAUGUGUUGAUUAUAAUUUAAUAGUAAACACCGUAAUGUCCCAGUUGUGCCGAAGUCGUUCAAUCAUGACACCAGUCGAGACAAGCCGGAUUUGUUACGUGUGCAAAAAAGUGUUCUGCUGCGAACAGUGUCGUGAGCGACACGAGAACAAUAAACACACGAAACGCCAACCGAAUUGUCCAUUCUGCUUCUCUGAGAAACUUCCGUUGAAAUCGAUCGAAGAUAAAAUACUCCUCUGUCACAUAGUAGUCAAUCAUUUGCCCCUUCAUUGCUGUUUGUGUGGUGAAAUUUUUAAGAACGCCGAAGACUUACAAUCGUUCGGCCCGUGCAAGUGGACGAAAUGUAAUGACCGUCACUCACUGGUAUCGGAAAGCAAGCGAUUGGAAACACCGUCGUCGACAAUAGAAGGAAAGGAAUCGUCCGAGUUCAGUGGCACUUAUGUAUCAUUGACUUCUCCACCUGAACUGACCAGAAACACGAGUACACCCGUUGUUUUUGGCCUAAAGACGAGCUUCAAUUUUAAAACGCCCAGCGUCACAUCAAGCUUUUCGCUCAAGACAUUGCAAAUCGACUCUGCAUCAUCGAAGAAGGACCCAACUGGUAGCGAUUUACAGGGAACUAACACGAAGUGCGACAGUUCGGAGAGUAAUUACAUGAGUCUUCCCUCUAGUAUCAAUCAAGAGGAGACUCCGUUUCGUUCGCUAUCAUUGAAUCGAAGUAAAGAAGAACUUCCACGAAGCAAUUCUAUAAAAUUUGGCAUCAUGAAGAACAAAGAUAGGAAUAGUCCAAACGAGUAUCGUACGGAUAAUCAGAUGGAAGAUAUGGAUUUGACGAACAUCGAGAGUCAAGCGUUACCGGGCUCUCAAGGUUUAGAAACAUACUCGGAGGAGAAGAGUUCUCUUAAAAAAGUUCGAUUCUCAGAUGAAUUUGACGAACCCACCAGAUACUCAGAUCAAUACGAAAAUCACUCUAAAUCGAAGGCGAUGUUUAAUAUAACCGAGACCGAAGAGUAUUUUGAGGCGAACGAUACGAUGCCCAACAUCCAUCAAACAUUAGAUAUGUCACAGGUCGAGAUCAUUAAAGAUAACACGAAGAAUAUGGAAAAAGAGAAUCGUAGUCCUGAUAAAGAUAACGCGAUAAAUAUAAAAAAAGAGAAUGAUAAUGUCAAUGAGGAUAUCACGAAAAGUAUAAAAAUAGAGAAUGAUAGUCCUGAUGAGGAUAUCACGAAAAAUGUAAAGAGAGACAAUCAUAAUCUCGAUGAGGAUAACACGAGAAAUACAAAAGAAGAGAAUUAUAAUCUUGAUGAGGAUAUCCUGCGAAAUAUAAAAAAAGAAAAUCAUACUCCUGACAAGGAUAUCGCCGUAAAUGCGAGAAUAGAGGAUCUUAGUCCUGGUGAGAAUAACGCGAGAAAUACAGAAAAAGAUGAUCAUAGUCUUGGCAACAUCAAAGAGAUUAAUGAAAAAUCAUCAUCAACUCCAACAUCCAAUCCGCGAGUAUUGAUGAUGGUGGUCGUUGAGAACAACUCUACGGUUUCAACUUCUGAAAUGAUAGAUACCGGUCUGAAGACCCUGGAACGAAUGGCGUCUUAUUCGAAUCUCUCUGUCAACACUGUUAACUCUCUUGGUAGUAGCAAUUCAACAACGCCCGGGGAUAAUAAUAAUAAUUAUUACAGUGCUUUAAGCCAAGAUUAUCACACACCGUCGAGCGAGUCAAGUGGCACUUCAAAUAAAGACUUGAACGCCUCAUCGAAUAGCAAUGAUGAUAGCAUUAACUCCAGCGGAUUAUUUUCUGCGGUAGCUAACGCGGUGAAGAAUGUUAUGAAAAAUUUAUCAGAAGCGUCGAAAAAUUUAGGGAGGAGUUCAGUUUCUCCAAGGCAAGAGAGCGUUUCAAGUUCUUUCACGUCCGAUACUUUCAAUUCUGUAUCGGAUUUCGCGUCCUCUUUUUUACAAAGGCCAGGAAAGCGACCGAGGGACGCUAUAGAAACUCCACCGACGCUGAGGCAACAAGAGCUCACCGUCGCUCAGCUCGAAACUCGAAGUCCUUUAGCGAAACGACAUCGAGGUGGAUGGUACAAGAUCAAGGGACGGGAACCGAUCGCUAGAAUGCGAAAUAAUCGGCAACUUACAUCCCCCCGAGGUGUUUCCUUGGAAACUCAAGUGUUCCAUCAGGGUUCGUUAUUAGUCGGCGACACCGUUUUGCCUCUACCCGACAGGGCACAUCAAUCCACGCAAACUGAUUGAUAGUCAGUUCUGCGAUUAGAAUUUUAUCAAAUGUAUGACUCCGUAGUAUCAUUCGCUUCAUUCGAUAAUUAAAACAGGUCUUGCGUGAAUUUAAAUAUGAACAUCCCAAGACAACACGCACGUUCGUAGAAAAUCAUUUACAGGAUUCAUUAAUUUAAUUUUAGUCUUUGAUCAUAAU